GCAGGACCCUCCAGAUUCGCCCUUCAUGGCCGACCACGCCAAAGAUCCUCCUUCAAGUUUACGGAUACUGUCAUUGAACUGCUGGGGCUUGAAAUACAUUGCCAAAUGGCGGCAUGAGCGCCUCGCAGAAAUCGGAAAUCAAAUAGCUGCUGCCGACCCUCCGCCAGAUAUUGUCGGCCUCCAGGAGUGCUGGACCCAACAGGACUACAAUGCUAUUCGGGAAAAGACGCGACAUCUUCUACCGCAUGGGAAAUUCUACUGGAGUGGCAUAUUCGGGGGUGGACUUGCGAUCCUGUCACGGUGGCCCAUCGAGGAGAGCAGCAUGAUGCGGUACCCGCUCAAUGGACGUCCUGCCGCCUUUUAUCGUGGGGACUGGUUUGUGGGCAAGGGCGUUGCAUGUGCGCGGAUACGCAUGGGUCCUACGCGGAGGGAUGUCGCCGAAGUGUUCUGCACACAUCUCCAUGCCCCUUACGAAACUGAACCCUUCGAUUCGUAUCUCUGCCACCGAACAGCCCAAGCUUGGGAGAUAGCAAAGCUCAUGCGCGGCGCUGCCGAGCGGGGCCAUCUCGUCAUUGGAUUGGGUGACUUCAACAUGGUGCCUCUUUCCCUCGCUCAUCGCAUAAUUGAGACACACUCGCCUGUCCGGGAUGUGUGGCGAAUACUCCAUCCCAAUUCCUCCGUCGGAGCUGCGAAGGACAAAGUAGAGAAGCUCAGGGGCUUGCCCAUGCCCUCCGCUGAGUUCAACAUGACCGCCAACGGCGCAACUUGCGACAGUGCCUUGAACACUUGGCGGUGGAACGAGGCUCAUAAGAAACGCCUAUUCAAGGGUGAGAACAUCACAAUUGAAUCGUCAGUGGAUGAUCCUAGCGCGAAGAGACUCGACUACAUCUUCUUCAGCAGUGGCGCGCAGCACCAUGCAACUACUGCAGAACCCAGCGCCGAAUGGGCGCUCAAGGAAGCCAAUGUCGGCAUGACCAUGCGGCAUCCGACUUUACACUGCUCCCUUAGCGACCACUACUCGGUUGAAGCGACAUUAACACGCAGUCUGUCCGAGCCAUCCUCAGCCAUUGCGAAUGGUGCUUGGGCGUUGCCGGAGACAUAUCUUCCCUUGGAGACGUACGAUGAGAUCCUGGCAGAUAUAUCUGCCUACGACGCUCGCGAAAGGCACCAGCGCCGGUUACGAAUGGGGCAUUUCGUGCUCCAGUUUGUCAUUACCAUCGGAUGUCUUGUUGCUGUCUGGUGGUCUCCGCACAAUUACGUCUCAUUUAUCCUGAUGUUCAUCAGCUCCUUAGGCCUGAGCGCUGGUGUUAUCGAGGGUCUGAUGGGGGGAUUGUUUGUGGGAAGUGAGCUGAGGGCGCUGAGAGAGUUUGAAUGGGAGGUGAGAAAUGCAAAAGACAGAGCGAUUGCAAGCAAAGGGAGUUCUAAGAGUGAAGGCCUUCAUCAUCUCACCGACGACCAGAAGCAAAAGUACCGGCCAGUCCUACAGAACUUCUGGAGCUUGAUUUCGAGCAAACCCGCAGGCAGUCAAGAACACCAGACGGCGCGCGCCAAGCUGGCGGAGUGGUCACAAAAACUGAUAAAUCAAGAGCGCAUGUACCGCCAAAGAACAAAGUCGAAUCCCCCUCCAGGUCAGCAACCCCAGCCAGCCAGCCAAAAUCAACAGCAGCAGCAGAACCAGCAGUCGCAGGUCCAGAAUCAGAAUCCGAGCCCCCCCCUAUCUCAGCAAGCAGGCACGAUGUCGACUCCCCAACAGCAGCCCGUGGCCCGCCCACAAGCCCAACAAAACGGCCAGCAACCACAGAUCAACCCUGACAUCAUCCGACAUGUCCAGCAGUUCCAGUACCACCUGCCGCCGCAGGGCCCACAUCCAGGAACCCCCGAAGGAGACUUGAAGAUCAAAGAUUUCCGGAAUAGCUACCUCAUGGCUUUGAACAAACAAGAAAAGUCGACACAUCGUGUCAAGGCAUUCGUGAAUAUGAUGGAGCAACGGAGACAGUUGAAUCAAGAAGUUCCUCAAGAGCUGAUAAAUCAGAAGCAACAAGCAGAGCAGGAAUACAACAAUGCUAAGAAGUACGUUGAGGAAUUCAGGAAGAAGCAAGCUCAAUGGAAGCUGGAGUCGGAGCAGCGAAGGUCACAACAACAGCAACAGCAGCAGUCGCAAACGCAAACGCAAACGCAAACGCAACCUGCGGCACAGCCUCAAAAUCAACAGUCUCAGCAGCAGAAUGUCGCGAAACCAGAACCCCAGAUCAAGGUUGAAGGAGGACCCGCGCCUCAGCCGGCGCAACAAUUCGGCAACAUGCAAGGCGGCGGUGGUGGUGGUGUUCAGCAACAGCAGCAAAAUACGCAGGGUCCAGCGACCCAAGUCUCUCAGCAACAGCCUCUGCGACAACCGCCCGCUCCCCACUCACAGCAAAUGCAGCAACCGAGCCAAACAACGUCAUUCCAGCAGCCCGGACAACCUGCGCACCAGCAACAGCGACCCCAGAUCAACCCACAACAAGCCAAUGCGCACGCGCAGCAUCAGAGCAAUUCACCGCACCCGCAAUCAGCGACCUCAAAUCCCGCCGGUCCGCCUGUCCCACUUUCGCACAAAGCCGCCGUUAUCGCUGCAAACAGGUCCUAUUCCAACCCUGAUCCACAGCGCACUAACACGCCCAUGGCUACCGGGCAACAAGGGAACUUUCACGCCCCAGGAAGCCGAGAGCGUGAACAGCUGAACAAUCCAAAAAUGCCGAUCCCACGCACUCUGAACGUUACACAACCCACCCCAGUCGGAAUGGGCCAGGCACGACCCACCAUGAGCGGACCGACAAACGGUGCUCCCGGCCCGAUGGGACAGCCUGUCAUCGCGAAGCUCCCCCCAUUUCAGCUUGAAGGCGAAGGAGACCGCGUCCUAAGCAAGCGCAAGCUUGACGAGCUCGCUCUGACGCCUGAGGUUGAAGAGGCUAUGCUCCAGCUCGCAGACGACUUCGUCGACACGGUCAUUAGCUCCUCGUGCAAGCUUUCCAAGCUCCGCGAAUCCCCACAGCUCGAUAUCCGCGACAUCCAACUGGUCCUUGAACGCAACUACAACAUCCGCAUUCCAGGCUACGCGUCCGACGAGGUCCGCACUGUCCGCAAGCUGGUUCCUGCUCCAGGUUGGACGCAAAAGAUGAAUCUAGUUCAGGGUGCCAAGGUCAUGGGUGGGAAGUCGGAUAUCUAAUGUGCUCCUUUAUUGUGCCCACGACCUUCGCUAAUUCCCGCGCCUGUCUCUAGACUACAUUUCAAAGCGGGAAGCAAACCGGGUUAGGGGAUCAGGGGCGUCCUCGUCCAGUAAUCAAUCUGGAUCUCCCUCGCCCGCUCAUGAAUCAGAGCGACUGUAGUUGGAAACGGCGUCAGGCCAUCAGCUAUCACUCCAUAGUUUUUCUUUUACGACGAACGGAAUUAUUACCUUUUGUUCCCCAUAUUAUUGUAUGGGUAUGUAGACGGAGUUAUGGGCGUGCAUCAACGGCAUGCCUACGGUUAGGUUUCGUACUGGAUACUGGAGAUAUUGGAGUUACACUGAGGCAACACAAUAUUACGGAAGGGUAGGGGCUGCAAUUAGUAGGGUGGGUUCAAUCGUGAUCGGGCGACUUUUUAUAUGAUGCUUCACACAUUCUUCGAUAUCCUGACGAACGAAUAACAAACAUAAUUUUCAACUUCGG